AGUAAAGUUACAAAUUUUUGUGCCGCCAUUUUGUCGCGUCGCGUCACUUUGAGUUAGCCAUGGUUAGUAAGGAAAAAGACGUUCCUGCUCAAGUUGGGGAAGUGAUGAAGAAAAGUAGGCGACGUAGACGUCGAGCUGGGUCCCGGGCGGCGAAGAGACGAGCACGGAAAGCCAAUAUGACCCUAACCAUAUCUUCUGCGUCUGACAAUAUUAUAUCUCCAGUAAAAUGUGCUGUCCACGCCUUCCUUCUUCGGUACCAAAGCGCCUUGAGGAAGGUCCCCGCCCACAUCCCGCCAAGAGUCCACGCUGGACCUCCUUCGAAACGUGUCAAGAGAGUAUCAUGGCGUCAUGACGAAGAGGAGUCGGUGGGCGUUGGCGGGGGUGGCGGUGCAGGCGGGGGCGACCCGGCGGUGCUGUGCGUGGGUCCUGCACGACGGCCUAUUUCGUACUCGCGCGAUGAACUGCUGCGUCUACGCAACUCGCCGCUUGUCAAGCGCGGGCUUGAGAACGCCUUCGCUGGAUGCGAUGCUCUUGCACUCGUGCUGAAACGGCGUUCUGAUUCACCCAAUGAAGAAGAUCGGGGCGCUAGAGGGGACGCUCCUAACGAAAAUCAUAAGGGUGUAUAUGGACGCGAGCGCGAUCGCGAGAGACGCUCAGCGGAUCCUCGAGAACGUGUCCGCAAGGAGAGCGAACCGAGCGGAGGUGGGAUUGUGCUGUCCCCGCAGCGUCGUUCGUUUACGUCAGGAUGCGGCGCGCCGGCCGCGGCCGCCCCGCCGCCGCACGUGGCCCGGACGAGACCAGAAUCGCCAUUGGGGGCCACAACCGUGCAGCCUCCGGCGCAAGCUAUACCAGCCAAACCUGACCAAGGUCGUCGUAUCGGGUCUGGCCGCAUAAUGGUGCGCGACGCGAAUGCUGGUUGGGAGGAAGGCGAGUGGGGCGGUGGGGCUGAGCCCUACCGACCCCCGCGCGACCGCGACUCGCAUGCCCACCGCGCCAACAACGACAGGUUCGAGCGUCGAUCGUUUGGGCGCGACUCCUACUCCUCUGACAUCAAGAGGGAACGGGACGAAAGGUUCAAUAACGAUAAAGGGGGCCGCGAUAGGGAGGACAACCGCAGAUCUGGUGGUCGCUACUCUCAACGCCGCUUUGAGAAAGAAGAUGAACCCGAAUGGUUUAGUGGAGGUCCCACGUCUCAACUGGAAACGAUCGAGCUGCGAGGUUUCGAUGAGCCCACCAAGAAAAAUGGAACUUCGAACACCAAAGAUGAGAAAUGGAACAACGGCGGUUCUCGUUCGCCGGAGCGCUGGCGCAGCGAGGCCGUCUCGUCACCAGUGCCGCAGAACAAUAACGACGCAGCCAACAAUAGCAAUGAUAAGGACUCCGGUGUGGAGUCGAAGACCGACGAACCUCAACCAAACCCCGAGCAGCCGGACUUCAACCUCGAUGAGUUCCUCAAAUUCGAUUCCAUUCCAGACGUCCUCACUAACGGUGGCAGCGAAUCUGAAGGAGGGAGCCGCUUUAGCCGCUGGUUCCGCCGCGAGAGUCCCACCAACGAUACCAGGCACUACGAUCGACUUCUACAUAAUAUCGUUGAUGACCUGGACAGCUCCACCCGCCUCGAGCAACCGCCGGCGCCUGCGCCGGAGCCGGCGAACGUGUUUGCGCCCAUCUCCCCGGCGGCACCGCCAUCUCUGCUUGAGCUGCUGCGACGGGCCAACGCUAACGCCGAAUCUAGAGCUGAAUUGAACUCAGUGGGUGGUGCAAACGCGAACGCUGGUGGUGCAGGCAAGAUUCACAGCCUUGAAGAGCUCGAGGCUCGUCUACGCCCGCACCACUCGCAACCCAUGCCGCAACCGGAUCACGAUCUCUCCGCCUUCAAGCGCCUAUUGGCGCAAGUGUCCGGCGGUCAUGCAGUUCCGGCCGCCGAGCAACAGCGCGCCCCGCACCAGCCUCAGCCGAUGAGUCUACUUCAGAUGCUGAACAAGAGCAUGGAGCAGCAGCAGAAGGUGCACGCGCCUGCGCAGCCGCACAUCCCGCAGGAGCUCCUUUACAAGCUCCUGCAGGUGCAGCAGGUGACUCAGCAGAGAGCGGCAAUGCAGGCGGGAGAACUGCCACACGCGCCCGCGCCCGCACCCACGCCCGCGCCCAUCGCGCAGGCCGACCGCGACCUGCUGCAGCGGCCGGAGGCGCAGGCCAUUAUUCACGGUCUAAAAGCGGGCGAGAUCACAGUCCAGCACCUGAUGCAGCAGUUAGGCAACCCAGGACUGCAGAGCCGCCACCGCGAGGUGCUGCUCACCAUCCUGCGCUUGCACCAGCAGCAGAGACAGCAGCAGAUGGGUGGGUCCCCAUUGCCGACAGGCGUAGGUGUCGCGAACCCGGCGGCACACCUGGUCGUGCCGCCGCACCACCAGCCGCUGCGUCUCUCGCCGCUGCCUCAUCCCGCGUUUUGCGUGUCCCCGAUUAUGCCGACUAGCCCGAACACGCUCGCCGUACAUCAUCCAGGUGUCCAAGCCCGCAUACCCUCGCCUCGAGAGCUGGCAGCCCACACGCAGUCCAUAAUGCAAGGGGCCCUCAUCAAGAAGAAACUGGAAGAACAGCGCGAAAACUUCCGCCGUCGUCAGGAGAUGCAGCUACCGAAGCAACCCACGCCAAUAUCGUUUACUCCCACCUCAGUACUUCGCAAAAUGACGGCGGAGAAGGAAUCGGACGCUCAGAGUCCCAAACAGCAAUGGGCCCAACCGCCUAAGGUGCCGCAAGGACGACCAAUAGUCAAGGGCAACCAAAGCGGUGCAGCGCCUGUGAUGGGUUACGUGCCCUCCCCUGCCGACUACCAGCAGCACUAUCUCAAUCAGCAACAGCAAAUGGUAGCCGGAAUCCGUCCGUUCCCUCACUCACAACAGAGGCAGCAAGUACCGGCUUCGUUUAACAACAUGAACAACAUGGCACGCAGCGUUGCAGGCGGCACCACGCUACACCAGCUGCUCGUUCAAUCGCACCAGAGGAGCCUCAAUGAAAUGGGCGGCAGCGGCGGCACCGGAGGCGGAGACAACCAGUUAGCUAGAUGGUUCUCACCGGAGCUCCUGGCUCGUGCAUCCGCUGGCAAACUGCCUUCCGUGCAUGUCCCUAACGCUCUUUCCCUUGAGGACCUCGAGCGACACCACCAUUCACCAGCGCCGCCCGUCCGCAACUGAGCCCGACGACACCCCGCUACAACCGUUUAUAUACCUAGAGGGGAGGAAGCAUCGUGAAAUUAAACCGAGUACCUUAGUUGCAUCCAUCAAUAUAGAAUGUUAAAAGAAGUCCUAUUUAUUUAUUAGAGUAAAAAAAGUAAGAGAAAUGAAUUGGCGGAUGGUGAAUGGAACUAAGUUACUAUUCGGAUAUUGUGAAAUUCAAAUUUUAAAGUUUACAAGGGCAUCACCUCUUUCUAUGUGGUUGGUGAUGUGUUGUUUUUUGUCUGCUCGUACAAGUUUAGAGGCUAAAUUGUAAUUCCAGUAUCACCUACAGUGCUUAUUCUAUGUUUUUUUUUGUUUUGCGCUAAAAUCGAUAGGGGGUUAUUGUUUUUCUAUACUUCGGUCCACUAUCCUAACUUCAUUCGGAUACUUUUUGACAUAAGGAAAUCCUUGUGUCAUUUGUCAUACCGUACAGAAGUCACAAUAUAUAUGGUUGCCAAAAUCAGUAUGGGUAGUGGAAUUUCCAGCACCAAAUUAGAGCUCAUGACGUCAUCACAAGGGAAUUAAGAUUAUAAAUGUCAAAUCGUGUCCUGUGACCUACCCUUCGACACUACAAAAGCUAACUCGUGUUCCUUUUUGUAACCUAAUUGAGUUCUGAUUGGACAGAUUUUUUUCUUAAUUAUGAACACACCACUUAUGCCAUAAUACCUAAAUUUCUAAAAUAUAAUCCAGUAACAAUGGUUAAUAGUGUUAACACUUUUACCUGUGAAAGAGAGAAGAGAGAAUUUAAGAUCUCUCGAUAUUAAAUUCCUGCUUGGCAACUGAAUCUACUCUGUCUUCAAUCCAGCUUUAGACUGCGAUAUUUUAUUCAAUAUUGACUCUGUAAUAUCGUCUUUUGUAAACGCAGUUUUGUCGUGUAGAGUACAUUUUGGAAUUUUCUCUCAAGACUUUACAGACUUUAAAAUAGCAUUGUCUAAGAACACCAUUUUCUGUUUUCAACACCAAUAGAAUGGGCUGCAAUGACGAACAAAUAUUUUUAGACAUGAAACUUGUUAUUUUUCCCAAUUAUAUUGUUUUACCCUACCACGACGGAGUUUACAAAAGGGAGGAUAUUUUUUAAAUCCUUGUGGCGAGUGAUAAGUGGAAUUGAAUAAGAUAGGUUUAUACAAUGGGAAAAAAAUUAUUUUGAAUUGUUUUGCUUUACGACAAUUCUAAAGACAAAAUUCGAGUCUUGUAAUCAUAAAUUCUGAACAAUUCAUGUUCUUAAAUUAGUUAGGAAAUCACAAAAUGGUUUUUCUUCUUCCCAUACAAAGAUCAACUGUUACUUGGUAUCGAGAAGUUGAUUUAUUUUUUUUGCUUUUUCCUGAAGUUUUUGAACGAAAGUUAUUCACGGGUAAAUUUUCUAAAUUUGUUUCGCCCAUUGAUUUUUGAAAUUUAAAUAUCCAUUGGUAAUCUAUCGACUUAUUGGCAAGUAGCUCGGUCAUGACAGCUUAAAACAAUGCCAAACACCAUAUUUGGUUACAAAAACGCUGCGUUUUUACCUGUCACUAUCGAGCUUUAUAUAUGCCGCAAAAUUAGCUUCAGUCUUUUGAAAAUUUACACAAAAUAUUCUUCGACUUCCAUUCAAAAAUUUAUAAUAUUAGUGUGAAUUUUCAAAAAAAAAUAUUCCGUAAAUCCAGUUAAAUAAUUCACGUAAGGUAAAUUCUUGUGGCCGUCGAUGUAGAAGCGAUAUUAGAAUUAUUCUCGUGAUACAUCAAUAUCGCUAUCGAAAUAAUAACAUUUAACAUUGCAUAGAGUUGAUAAAAAUGUAGUAAAUUACCUCAAGUAAUAAAUUAAAAGAGCAAAAAAUGCAAAUAACAUGAUAAGAAAUACCUACUUUCAAUAUUGUUAAAAAAAUUUGACGUUUAUAGCUACUUAAUACAACUUUUUCGGUCUCAAGAACACAAACUAAACUUAUUUUAAUAUUAAAUGCAUCUGUUUCUUUCUUUAACAGUCAGAAAAGGUCUGAAGAUUUAUUAGCGCUGGCAAAUUGGUUUGCUUAUGACAAGGAGGAUGCUUGUGAACAUAAUAAUACAAAUCUAUAAUUAAACCUGUAUUUUACUUUUUGUUACGAAAUUAAUAGGUGCAUAUUUAUAAAAUAAGAAUAUUGAAUAAAUUUAGAUUGCGUUCUCUGGAAUUUACACUAUUCUUGUCUUGUACCGUUCAAACAAGUUCGGCUAUGUAACAUCUGGCGAUCAUAUGCUCUCGAGGCUUCGGUGUCUGGAGUGUCGAUUUAAAUAGCAGUCAUAUCCAGUCUUAUUAAUUGACAAAUUGAAAAGGUAGAAGCUGAUAAAGGGUGUUCCGUUUUGGUGUAUUUCUUUAUAGCUAUAUUUAAAUGUAGAAUCUAGUUGUGACAUGUCUUAAUGGCCUCUACAUCUUUAUUUAUACAUCCCUCUGUCAGCUCCCUUGAUGUGACUUUAAUAAUGGGAGCGAAAUCCUAUCCCCUGUAACCAUGACGGACAGUGGUACUGAACGGAAGCUGAUUGGUUCAGUUGGGAAGAUUACAAAUGGCUUGCGUUCCGUACUUUUAACAUCUGUCGGCUGACACAGCUGUGCGUGAAUGUGUGUGAAUGUGAGAGAGAACUAUAUGUACAUGUAUGAUGACUAUGGUUGUGUUUGUAAGCAUUUUUGUUACUACGUCAUUUUCGUGAGGAGGAGAUUUUUUCGUUAUAAAAAUAAAGAGCUAUUCGUCAUUUUCCAUGUCUAUCGUCUCCACUUAUUGCGGACUAGACAUUUUAGGGUGACCUUUUAAGUUGUCAAUCGCGACUUUUGUAACGAUUUUGGAAUUUUGCACAUUCGCCCGCGAGCGUAAUGUUUGAAAUUCCUUAAUAUAUUUUUUUAAAAGUUUUACGAUUUGCUCUACUAUACGAGGUUUUAGCAAGUUACGAAUAUUUUCCUUUAAUUUUUUUUUGAAAACCUUGAGACCUGAGCUAAAACGGCGAUUGGAUGUCAAUUAUAAGUUGACCCAUGGGCAUUAGCGUAAUUUGUUACUGUCCAUACCGAGUCGUUAGCUCAACAAGUCAAGCAACACUUGAAUACUUAAUAGAAUAGUUCCUCAUUUCGCCUUUGCCUUCGCAGAAUAGAUCAUAAGAAUGGAUUGCGUAACCUUCUUAGUUACAAGAUGGGACAAAAGGGACGUGGUCAGGUUGGACCUUAAUAAAAUUUGUCAUCAAGUUUUGGUCAUGUCUGUCUCAAUUUUUUAAUUGAUUUUUCGAGUUAAUAACCACUUGCAGUGAGACGAAGGGUCCAUACAACACGACUCCCAAUUUAUUGCCUACAAUAUUAUCUAAUUUGGGUGUUGAACGAGAAACAAAACGUCUGGCUUUGCAGCAUUUGCUGCGUACCUUAUUCAAACAUUGCCCUUACUAUCGGUAGAAUUACGCAAAAGGAGCACGGACAAAAGAGCUUUCUCUUCGCGUUUCUCACCUGCAUAUUCUUUAAAUUCGACUGUUUCUGAAUGUUUUCUGCAUGAUUAUUACUUGACUACGUCACCUAGUUUCUAGCACAGGUUUCAAUUAAUUUAGACGUCAUUUUGAAAUGAAUUUGAGAGAUAGUAAUGUAAGAAUCAUGAAGUGUUGUCGGUAUUGGAGAUGGAAGUGUUCUUUGCGACCACGACUGGCGAACGCAUUAGAUGCGUUCACGUUGCGAAUAUUGAGAACUGGCUACUUCUAUAGUGCGUUUGUCUUUACAGUAAACCACACACUGAUAACAGUCGAAAUUCUACAAAUUAUUACGUACACUGUUGUAAAAUUUUGAUCAAUCUAAAUAUGUGUGUGGCUUUAUAAUGUGGAUGUCUUUAUCGCUAUACUAAUUUUAGACCUAGUCAUUUGGAGGGCCAGUUUUCAAUGCCGCAUCUAUUUUGGUUCUUACCUUGUUUUAAAUAGUGGCGAAAUUUCAGUUCGACAUGUUACGAUAUUUAUCAGAGGUGAAUAUCGUGUAAAAAGCGCUGCUGUGACGGCUCUUACGUAUUAACAACAAGAAAUGUCUCCUGUAAGCUUUAAAUUAUUGAUUAAAGAAAAAUU